CAUUAUUUUACUUUUAGUUAGCUCCUUUUACCUUUUAUUUACCCCAUGUUACCUUCUAUUUACCUUAUUUUAGAUUUUAUUUACAUUUUUUUACUUUUAUCUACCUUAUUUUACCUUCUAUUUACCUUAUUUGAGAUUUUAUUUACAUUAUUUCACUUUUAUCUAUCUUAUUGGACCUUCUAUUUAACUUUACCCUAUAUUUACCUCAUUUUAACUUUUAUUUACAUUAUUUUACUUUUAGUUACCUCCUUAUACCUUUUAUUUGCCCUAUUUUACCUUCUAUUCACCUUAAUUUAGAUUUUAUUUACAUUAUUUUACUUUUAUCUAGCUUAUUUUACCUUCUAUUGACCUCAUUUUACCUUUUAUUGACAUUAUUUUACUUUGAAUUACCUUCUUUUACCUUUUAUUUACCCUACGUUACCUUCUGUUUACCUUCUAUCUUUUUUCUUUUUUCUUUUAUUUACAUUGUUCUACUGUUUAUUUACCUUCUUUUGACCAUAUUCCACCUUUUAUAGUCCUUCUUUUACUUUCUAAGUGCCUUUUAUUGAACUUAUUUUUACUACGUGUACAUUGUAUUUAACUUAUUUUACUCUUUUAUUUACUAUUUUUACCUUCCAUUGACCUUUUUUUACCUUUUAUUUAUUUAUUUUACAUUCGAUUCCCCUUAGUUUCUAUUUUUGUCCAAGUGAUGAAAGUUCCAAUCUAAUAUGUUGGUGAUGACCUUGUCUCUGGUUGAAGAUCUGAAGAUGCCCACAGAAGGUGUCCUCUCCCAGACCUUGUCCUGGGACAUCUUCAGUUCUGGCGUGGAGUCCACGGCCCUGCUGGCCAGCGUGAGUAACACCAGCAGACCAGGAGUCUCUGGCUGCACCUACAAGGAGGACUUCAAGCGAGUCCUGCUGCCCUCGGUCUACACGCUGGUGCUCCUGCUGGGUCUUCCUCUCAACGCUGCUGUGCUGCUGAAGAUGUGGAGGAGGAGACCUGCUCUGACCCGCAGCAACAUCUACAUGCUCAACCUGGCCAUGGCCGACUUCCUGUACGUGAUGUCACUUCCUCUGCUGGUCUACAACUACGCCAGUCAGGACUACUGGCCCUUUGGGGACCUGGCCUGUAAGAUGGUCCGCUUUCAGUUCUACAGUAAUCUUCACGGCAGCAUCCUCUUCCUCACCUGCAUCAGUGUUCACCGCUACAUUGGCAUCUGCCACCCCCUGGCAGUGUGGCACAAGCAGGGCGGGCGGCGGCUGGCCUGGGUGGUAUGUGCAGGUGUGUGGCUGCUGGUGGCGCUCCUUUGUGCGCCAACCUUCCACUUCGCCUCCACAGGAACCCAGCGGAACCGCACGGUUUGCUACGAUUUGAGCACGCCAAAGCAGUCGGUGGACUAUUACCCGUACGGCAUGGCUCUCACCUGCCUGGGCUUCCUGUUGCCUUUUAUGGGCGUGAUGAUGUGCUACUUCAGGAUGGCGCUCAUACUCUGCCGCCCGCUGUCCUACCAAGGCGUCAAUGCGCAGGCCAUGAGGGAGAAGCGCGAGAAGGCGGGGAAGAUGAUCGUUGUGGUGGCGGUGGUCUUCUGCGUCAGCUUCCUGCCCUUCCACCUCACCAAAACCUUGUACCUGCUGAUCCGGACUAUGCCCAGUGUGCCCUGCGAGACCAGGAACCUCUUUUCUGUCAUCUAUAAGAGCACCAGACCUUUUGCCAGCAUGAACAGCUUCCUGGACCCCAUCCUCUUCUACUUCACUCAGCCGCGCUACCGACAAAGUACCAGAAGGUUCCUUCUCAGAGUCACCACCCUCAGGGACAAGAGCAGCAGUCAGCCCAAAUCAUCAAGUGUGUCCAAACUGUCCCGUGUAAUGGCCUGGACCAGGUCUCAAACUCAAAAGCACUGCCGGAGGUAGUCCGGGUGAGACUUCAGAACCACGUUUGAACCACGUGACUACAUUUGUUCAUGUCUACCAGCUGUAGUAUCAGUAGGUGGCAGCCGGUAGCUAAUUGCUUCGUAGAUGUCGGAAACAGCGGCAGGCAGUGUGCAGGUAAAAAGGUGUGUAAUGCUUACACCAAAAAUAAACAAAAGGUGAGUGCCACUAAGAAAAGGCAUUGAAGCUUAGGGAAGGCGAUGCAGAACAAAACUAAAACUGAACUGGGUACCAAGUAAACAAAAACAGAAUGCUGGACGACAGCAAAGACUUACUGUGGAGCAAAGAUGGCGUCCAAUAACACAAAUCUGCCUUGCAGGCUGUUUUUUUUUACUUUUUUAUUACAACAGUCAUUGAAUCUAAAAAAAAAAAGAUAAUAAAUCAAAAUCAAUGUUGUGAUGAAUUAUUGACAUAUUUAAGUCUCUAAUUACUUCACAUCAAAUAUUCCAAUUUCAAAUAUUUUUUGGGAGGGAAAAUAUUGCAUAUUUUGUGU